GAUAAAUGAAAUAGUUUAUUAUCUCUGUCUGUGCUUGCAUGUGAUUCUGUGACCAAGGUUGUCAAGGAGUAUUGCGCAUAUGGAAUCUCCCAUUCGUACAUAAUAAUUUUUAUCACGUAAUGAUUACAAUUUACAAUUCAAUAAUCGAGAUUUCAGAUUAGUGCUUCAGUACUCAGUAGUCGUGACCAUUAAGAAUUUCGGACUUGGUUAAACUUAAUCUCUUAUUAUUUUUAAAAUUGGUUUCUAUUUUAUUGUUACGUAUCGUAAAAUCGCGUUUGAAGUUUAAAACCACAUUUCAUAGCGCUGGGUAUUUUCCCGUUUAUCAUCAGUCUUAGUUGUACGUGACAUGUCCGUUCCGAAAUUACAUUAAAAUGUCUGAUGCCAUACCACCUCUGAUACCCGAAACUCCACCUCCCAUGACCAAAUUGGACUGGGAAGAUGAUGAGGAUUUUAUGGACUAUCCUCAUCUGGCCUUGGAACUGCCUUCUGAGUCUAGUUUAAGUCCAGAUGGUGGGUGGAAUCCUAUUGAUGAAUUAUCACUUCCUUAUGAUGGUGAUAUUGUUCAUGAACCAGCGGUUUGUAUUGAAGCAAACACCAAUGAAAGCUUGUUAAAACAGCCAUCAAGUAUUGCAAAGAAUGGCUUAUCUACAGAACCAUCAUUAUCAGAACAGGAACCUAGUUUACAUAAUUUAUCCAUAUGGAAAGAUAAAAAAGAAGUGCCUUGCGAAAAUAUAAAGAAAUUAACAUCCAAUGACAAUUAUUGUGAUAAUGUCAAUGUAAUAGACUGUAAUACAGAGAUCAAACCUAAUGAAUCCUCUGAAAAUGUAAUAGAUAAUAAUAGGAAAAUAAUUAACGAUGACUUGUCUUUAACUUCUGAACAAUAUAUUUGUGACAUAGUAAAUGUAAAAAAUAAUAUAAUACCACAACAUUUACCAAAUUUAGUAGUUCAAUUAAACAACUCUAAGGUAUAUGAAAAUAAUGAGAUUUAUCAGCCUGAAGCCAAUGUUAAUUUUGAAAAAUCAACAGAUCAAGAUACUUUGGUUAAUGGUCAUUUAGAGUGUGUAGAUAUUGAAGAAUCGUCCAAUCAAACCACCUGUGUUCACAAUGUUUUAUUAGAAGAUUUAAAAAAUGAUGUAAGUGACACUGAUACACCUAAUAGUAUGUAUGCAUUGUUAACUGAUAAUUCAUCAACUAAUAAUAAUAAUAAUAAUAAUAAUAAUAUGAUUAAAAAUGAUCAAGAAGAAUACACAGAUUUCUGUGAUUUUGAAACUGAUUUGCCUCAUUCUUUAAAUGUGCCUUUACCAAACAGAACAUCUCAAGAACACCAUGAAAUUAUUGAAGAUCCUCAAACUGUUAAUCAACAUGAUUUUGAGAAUUUACCUUUAAAACAAGAGUUUAAUGAUGAACAUUGUAAAAUAUUGAAAAAUAUUUCUUUAUUGGUUGAGAAUAAAGUAGAACAAAAUAUAGAAUCAAUUAAUGCUAAUUGUUCAACAUUUCAAUACAAUGAAAAUAAUGUUGGGCAUAAUUCGGAUUCUGAAUUUGAUGAAUUUUCUGACUUUCAUGUAUUUUCAAAUUCAACUUCCAAAAAAAAAUCAAUAUGUGGUACAAAUGACGAUGAUGAUUUCUGUAAUUAUGAAACUUGUAGACAAGACUAUAAUGAUAAAGUAGAGUUCAAACAUUCCAAUGUUGAACCAGUGAAUUGUGUUUCCAGUAAUGACAAUGGUUCAAUAUUGAAAUCUGAUAACCAAAAAUGUAUAAUUAACAAUGAUGCUGAUGAUGAUGACAAUUUCUGUGAUUUUGAAUCUGGUUAUAUUACACCAGGUCAUACAAGUGAUCAAGUUAUAGAUUUAAAACAAAAUUAUGCAAUAUUAGAUUCAGAAACCCAUGUUCAACUUGAUUAUAAACAAUUUUGUAAGGAUGCUUUUCAAGGAGAUUUUGAGUUAUGUGAGGAAGCUGAUUUGCAAAACUUAGAUAAUGAGUUAAAUGAGUCUCAUGUGUGGCAGAGUUUAAAAGAUGUAGACUCAAGUCCAGCCCUUAACUAUAAUUGGACCAAAUCGGAAUCAAAUAAUGUUUUCCUUGCUUCACUCUCAAUUGAUUCUCGGAACAUAUUGUAUGGUGCUUCUUGGAACCCAAAAGUCCCUAGAUUCGCUGCAAAUAUGUCUAAUAAUCCAUUGGAACCAUUAAAAGCUUCUAACAAUGACACAACUGAUACAAAAAUAUCGCAAUCUUUUUCCAAUGGUCCAAUGCAGGAUACAGUACCGGACCCCGAAUUCGACUGGAAAAGCAGUGGUUUAAUAAAUCCAUUGGACUGUAAUCAUACGUCGCUACUCGAUCUUGAACUCCUUGAUACACUUGCACCAUGCUGUACAAAUGCUCUUCAGCCUCAAACAUGGAAAACAUCUGAGGUUGUAAAAGAAGAAGAAACGCCCAUUCAAAGUAGUCCUGAAAGUGUAGAUGUGUUUGAUGAGUUUUUCAGUGCAUCAUUACCGUCAUCAUCCGACAAUCAAUCAAUAGAUACCAUUGAAAGUCCAAGUUCUUUCAUAGCAACAGUGAGUCCUGAAGCACAAAGAAUUUUGGAUAAUUUGCCUGAUUUCAAGGUAUUGCAAAAACCAUAUUUAGUGAUAUUAAAAAAAGAAAACAAUUUAUUUCUGAAUUAAUUUUUUUUUUAUAAACAAUAUUAUAUAAGAAUGCUAGAUCACUGCAACGAGAAAGAAUAUCUUACAUUUUUUCUUGUUCAAAUCAAGUCCAUUAUGUGCAAUAAGUUAAACUAAUCUGUCCAAAUUGUUUUCAUUUGUAAAUUAAUUUAAAAAACUAUUUUUGAUUAAUCUAUGUAUUCCUGUUAGUUUUUUGACUUUAUCAUAACAAAAAAAUUAUCAUGAUUCCCAUGUUUUUAAAGGAUUUUCAUCUUCAUGAUAAUGGAGGGUUUUUUUUUUAGAAAAAAUUGUUUUUUAUGUUCUUAACUUUAUUUAUUAAUUUAAGAGGUUUAAGUUAUAAAAAUUAAAACUGAAUUGUAUUUCAAAAAUGCAUGAAAAAAUUCAUAAUUGCUUUAAACUCCAAAAGCAUUAGAAAUAUUUGUGCUUCUAAAUAAUAAUUAAUAUUAUUACAUUUCUAGUCUAUAUGUAGCUUUCAAAACCUAUUUUAGUAUUUCAUAGUUACUUAUGCAUUCAAUAUACAGAGUUCUAUAUGUUUUGUUUAAAUAAAAUAUAUGUUACCAGUUUUCUUAGUCGAUAUUUUAAUUACUUCCAUUUUUUUUGACUGGGUGUCUAUCAUUACAUCUGUGUUCUAUAUAAUAUAUUAUCACAUUGUAGCAUAUUUUCUGAGAUUAUCUGAUCUUCUUCGCUUGUGUAUUAUUUAUUUAAUCUUUAAAAAAUUUGUAAUCAUGAACAUACAUUUUUAACAAUAUCCAUUAUCUAUAGUUAAAUCAAAAACUUAUAAAUUAAUUUACCUCAUUCACUGAAUGCCGUCGUGAUAACAAUUUACUGAUUGCAUACCUGAUUACUACCUAUGCACUGAUUUAUUGUUUUUCAUAACUAUUAGGUUAAUAAUUUCCAGUCUGAUUUUUCAUUAUAAACUAUAAAAGGCUACAAUUUAAUUACCAGCUACAAGUAGUUAAUAGUUUGUUUGAUUUAAAUUUUCAAUUGAUUUAUAGAACUCUGUACAAACUGCUCAAAAAUAAAAUAUGGAAUGGCUUAUAGUUGUUGAAUUUGCUUAUAAAUUAAGGAUUGUUAACUGUUUUUGUUGUUGAUAGAUAUUUAAUUGUAUAAAUAUUAAAAUAUCAAGAUAAUUGGAUGAAUAGAAAAAAAAUGAAUGUGAAAAAUGUUUUAAUAGUUAAAUUAAUGUUAUAUACCUACGUAUAAACUAAACUUAAAUGUUUUGUAUUCAUGUUUAAUAUGUUUAUAAUAUGAUACAGGGUGGGGCAGUAAAACAGCCAAUUUCAAAGUCAAAUUAUAAAAUAUAUAAUCAAAUAAAAAUUAAUUAAUUGUUAGUAUAUUACAAUGAAGAACAUAACAUACCAUAGUAUAUUUUUUAAAUAAUUUUUCUUAAAGUGACUGCUAUCUCUUCUUAAGCUUUCAUUUUAUCUUCCUUAAAUUGGAUGAUGCAUUAAUAUAACAAUUAAUACAAAAUGAAUUCUGAGCAGAUACAAACUUCAAUUAUUCUUGUAAAACAUCAUCACAAAAUUAUGUUGUGUACUAAAUUGUGCAUUUUUUUUUAAAGGAAUAAUAUUUUGUGAACAAAAUUAUUAUUAUAAAUUAUAAAUUAUUGUCAGUAUCUUUUAUUAUUAUCAGGAGAAUAACCUAUUUUUUAAAUUGUUCGUUUUCCUUCCUCACUCUGUAUUAUAUUUUAGUCAGUUCACCGACAUUUCCUUGGUAGCUCAUCUAGUCUUUUAAUAGUUCUGUUAGAUAGGUACCAAAUAUAUAUUAAUUAUAUUAUUUAUAUAUAAUACAAUAUGCUUCAUAUUUUAGUUUAUUUUGGGAAACCUAUUUAAUUUUUCUUCAUUGUUUUCAAUGUGUUGUUUGUCAGUAAUAUUCCAAUGGUUUUAUUAAACCCGAGAUUUUAAAACUGCAUUCCUUUUUUUUUUGUUAUCACCUUAUUUAUACCUUAUAUAUUAAUCCAAAUUAUUUAUGGUAAUAUACAUUAUGGAUUCAAUUCGUAUAUUUUUUUCCAUUAAUAUUAUAUUUGUAAGAAUAUGAGAAUAAUAUGCUCAAUUAAUAUUUGUUUUAAUAAAAAUGUUUAGCUGUUCAAAUUUCUUGUUUCUGAUACUAACUUAGUGGUGGUUUUGACUAUAUUUUCAAAAAGUUUUUUUCCUGAGACUGUAACUUAAACUAAUACAGAUAAAAUAUAAAUUAAUUUGCUUAAGGACUAUCUAAAAUAAUUUCUAAUAAGUUUAGUUUAUAUUAAGUUAAAUAUAAACCAAGUAUUGUCGGUUCAUAUUUACAAAUUAUAAUGGAACGAUUCAAUAUGAGUACUUUUAACUUUUGACUUUGUGAGUUGCAUGUUCAUUUUUUAUUCAUUUAUUUUUGUUUGUAUUUAUAUAUGUGUAAUUAGCAAGCAUACUAAUUUAGCUUCAUUGAGUAGUCAAUAAUCAGUGUUAACGAAAAAGACCAUUGUUUUUAAAUAUUCCAUAACUUAAAACAUUCAUAUUUUGUCUGUGUGUACACUUUAUAAAUUCCUAAACUUAUAUCACUUACCUAUCCAAAAAAUAAAAAUCGGUAGUUCUAUGUAAAAUAAAAUAUUUUUAAAGGUUUGAUAGUUAUCUUAGAACAAAUUAAAUUUUUUUUCAAAUUGAAUGAACUUUUGUAGCUAUAAAGUAUAACAUUUAUAAAUUACUUAUUUUUAUGUGUUAAGUAUUGUGCCACCUCACUUGCCUCGCUGCCAAAAACCGCCACUACAAUUGACUUAAAGUAUAUUGAAUACAAUUUAAUGUAUUUACUAUUUAGUGACAUUUUAUUCUUGACCUCAUAUUUUAUCAAAAAUCAGUAAAUAGUUUAUUUUCAAUAUUAUUUUUUAGAAAAUAUUGGUGACUAACAAUUAACUGUGAUUAAUGAUUUUUA